CAAUGCAAGUCUCCAGCACUUAGUUUCUUUAUAUAAUGAAGAUUGAGAUCAAUUUUGUAUAUAAAAGGCUUUCCAGUAGAGAUACAAGUGUAGCUUGCUUCUUGAAAAAAGAGGAGAAAAAACAGUAGAAAGAAUGAGAGAUGUAUUCCCUCAUGAAAAGCAUAGGAAGUACUACUCGUCAUUCAUGGCUUAGGACGAUAAUAAUGAUAGUGUUGGUGUUGGUAAAUGGGAUGUGUUGUUAUGGGUGUUGGGAGCAAGAGAGGAUUGCCCUGCUGCACCUUAAAGCUUCCAUCAACUACCCAAAUGGUAGCUCUUUGUCUUCUUGGGUGGAUGAUCGAUACGCCAACUGUUGUCAAUGGGAAGCAGUUGAAUGUAGCAAUAAUUCAAAAAGAGUGAUCCAAAUCUCUCUUGCUAGGGUUAUGAGAUUAAGAAAUUAUGAGUGGGAUUUCAAUGCUUCACUAUUUCUUCCUUUUGAAGAGCUCAAGACUCUUAACUUGAGUGGAAAUGAUUUAGUUGGUUGGGUUGAUAAUGAAGGUUUUGAAAGACUUUCGGCGUUGAUCAAUCUUGAAGUUCUUGAUUUGACUGAUAACCAAUUCAAUGAUACCAUUUUGAAAUUUGUUGGUCAAAUAUCAUCUUUGAGAUCUCUAUCUCUUGCAUUAAAUUUCAUCGGACCAUCAAUUGAUUUGAAUGGUUUGUGCAAAUUGAAGACUCUUCAAGAACUCAACAUUAGGGAAAAUGAUCUUCAGGGCACCUUACCUUGGUGCUUAGCCAACUUGACAUCAGUUCGUUUGCUAGAUAUUUCUUCCAAUUAUUUCGAUGGAAAUAUUGCUUUUUCUCCUCUUAUCAAUCUAACAUCCUUGAAAUACCUUGCACUUUCAGAUAAUCACUUUGAUGUUCCAGUCUCAUUCAAGUCAUUUUUAAACCAUUCCAAACUUAAGGUCCUUGAAAGCCUUAACAACAAGUUCGUGGAGGAAGGGGAAUGUCAUUCCUCAACCCCAAGUUUCCAAUUAACAGUUAUCCGUCUAUCUGAUUCGGAAUCCAAAAACUGCUCCAUAUGUUUUCCCCAUUUCCUUUACCAUCAAAAUGAACUUCAAGUGAUUGAGCUAUCUGGAAUUGAUUUUAACGGGAAGUGGCCGGAUUGGUUGUUGGAGAAUAAUUCAAGAUUGAAAAGUCUUGUUAUGCCAGACAAUUCAUUACAUGGAUCAGUUUUACGGUUGCCUUUGAAUCCCAUAAUAGGGCUUUUUGCUUUGGAUAUAUCCAACAAUCAUAUUGAAGGCUACAUCCCUUACAAACUUGGUAGUAUCUUUCCAGCUUUAGAAUAUUUAAACAUGUCUACAAAUGGCUUCAAAGGUGACAUUCCUUCCUCGUUGGGAGACCUGGGCUCUUUACGAUUUCUAGAUUUAUCAAACAAUCAAUUAUCUGGAAAAAUACCGGUGCAUUUGGCCGUGGCUUGUGAGACCUUGAUAUUGUUGAGCCUAUCAAACAACAACUUAACAGGUCCUAUACUACCCCCUCAAACAAACUCAAGCACAAUUCAAUAUUUACUUCUAGACAACAAUCACUUCACACAAAUUCCAGAUAUCUUGUCAAUAAACUCUUUGAGUGUGUUGAAUUUGGGUCACAAUGAAUUAGCAGGAAAGAUUCCAAGACGGAUUUUGAAUAUCUCGUUAUGGAUCCUUUCCUUGCGUAAUAAUAAUUUUGAAGGACCAAUCCCAAUUGAAUUUUGUGAGCUUCAUAAUCUGCUUGAGUUAGACCUCUCAAAUAAUUAUUUCACAGGAAUUGUGUCAUCUUGUUUUUCAAACCUGUCAGUGGUAGAAUUCGUUUGGUUGUCAAAUAAUAGGCUAAGUGGUUCUUUCCCAGAGGGCUUCCAGAACAACUCUGCUUUGAAGGUGCUUGAUCUUUCUAAUAACCGCCUAAGCAAUGAUAUUCCAAAGUGGAUUGACAAUCUCUCCCAGCUGCAAACGCUUCUCUUGAAAAAUAACAGUUUUGAGGGAAAUAUUCCAAAUCAAAUAUGCCACUUGUCCAACUUGAUCGUCAUUGAUCUUUCUUGGAACAACUUCUUUGGUGGUAUUCCACAUUGCUUACAUACCACCAAAGUAAUAAGUUAUAACCAUGAACAAUCUGUUAGGUUUUUGGAUCCAGAAGACAUAUCAUCAUUAGAUGUUAAGAAAACCAUUGUAGAAACGUACCAUGACCCUUUUGCUUUCCUGUUGGAGAAACAAAUGGAGUUCACAACAAAAGGAAUAUCUCUCAUGUACAGGGGAGUUCCUCUAGACCUCUUCUCGGCAAUUGAUCUCUCCAACAACAAAUUAACUGGCUAUAUACCACCUGGAAUUGGCAGUCUUAGCCAUAUCAAGUCAUUGAACUUGUCCCACAACAACUUGACUGGACCAAUCCCUGCAACUUUCUCCAACUUGGAGAACAUAGAGAGCUUGGAUCUUUCCUACAACAACUUGCAAGGUAAUAUCCCCUAUGAACUCAUAGGUUUACACUAUCUGGAAAGCUUCAACGUGUCUUACAACAACUUAAGUGGAAGAAUACCUCAGGGAUCAAACCAAUUUCAAACUUUUGAUGGGAGUAGCUACAUUGGAAAUCCACUCCUUUGUGGAGAAGAAGUUGCAAAUAGUUGCAAUACGCCCCUGCCAACAGCAUCACCCAACAAUGGCAGUGAAAUGGAAUUUAGUUUUAUUGACAUGGGCAUUUUCUAUAUGAGCUUUACAGGGUCUUACUUGACUGUGUUACUAGCUAUUGUAGGAAUUUUGUACAUAAAUCCUCAUUGGAGACGAGUAUGGUUCCACUUCGUUGAGGUUUUCAUCACCUCUUGCUACUACUUCGUUAUGGAUAACCUUUGGAAGAUCAAAGCCAGGUUCCUACAUAAGCGAUCACCCAUCUAAAGAAGGUUCAAUGUACAUACCAAGUUUGUUCUACUUGAUAGAUACAUGUUAAUUGUAUUUUCUAAAUUUUGUUGUCAUGCACUUGUGAAUGAUUAACAUAUAUUUGAUGCCUAAUGCCCAAAUAUCAUAGCUCUGUUUUGAACACUA